UCACACUUAUACAACAUUUACACGCGAGACAACCAAAAUGGCUGACGUCGAUCAUACCCAAUGUACAGUACCCUAGAGAUACGAUUUACGAAUCUCACAACCUCGAGUUCAGAAUUUCGACGUUAUAAUUUUCUAUAAGUUUUGACCACGUUUCGUGUCGUUUUCGACUUAAAAUUUUCAAAAUGCGUUACGUGGCUGCUUAUAUGCUGUCUUCUCUCUCCGGCAAAGAGCCAAGUGCCGCGGAUAUUGAAAAGAUUUUGGGUUCUGUUGGAAUUGAAUCAGAUGCUGAUAAGGUCCAAUCAGUUAUCAAAGAACUAAAAGGCAAAAAUAUUGAAGAACUGGUUGCGAGUGGUCGUGGUAAAUUGGCUUCAAUGCCCGUUGGUGGUGGUGUGGCCGUUGCUGCCGCUGGUGGUGCUUCUGCUGCCACUGCUGCUGAACCCGCUGCCGAAAAGAAAGAAGAUAAAAAAGCUGCGAAAGAAGAAUCUGAUGAGUCGGACGACGACAUGGGUUUCGGACUUUUCGAUUAAUUUCUUGUAUCUUUUCUAUGUAAUUUACUUUUGUUGAAUAAAAAAUGUUGCUGAUUUUUUAUUUCUUA